UUCCUCCUCCCAGCCACCUCUUCCUCUCCUCGCCGUGCUGCAUCAGACAUGGAGCAGGCCCGCCCGCAGACCAGCGGGGAGGAGGAGCUACAACUGCAGCUGGCUCUGGCCAUGAGCCGAGAAGAGAGUGAAAAGCCUGCUCCCCCGGUGGACACUGAUGAACAGACUCAGCUCCAGAUCGCCCUGAGCCUCAGCAAGGAGGAAGCUCAGAAGCCGGCCUCGCCUCCUCCGGUUGCCUUGGAUAUGGAUGAAGAGAGACAGCUCCAGAUCGCCCUGAGCCUGAGCAAAGAGGAGCACCAGCAGGAGCAACGGAGUCGCCAAGGAGACGAGUCGUUGCUCCAAAAAGCUCUGGAGGAUAGUAAACGAGAGGCGGCGUCUGGUGGAAUUGGGUCUGCCAUGAUGGAUCUGGUGGAGGUGUUUGCUGUGUCGUCUGAGGUGCCUCCUACUGCUAGUGCCAACUCCUGGAGUCUGCCAGGGGGGAACGUCCGCACCCCUCUCCACCACCCCCUCCCCCAGGCCCAGGCUGCUGCUGGGGCAGCCUCCGACCCCUGGGACUCACUGGUAGAGGCUCGCUCCACCCCCGCUGGGAUAGAGUCUCCCUGGAUGGUUCCUCCCACCUCCGGUAGCCCCGCCCCUUCUUGGCAGCGUAGCCGGUCCCCUCCGGACCCCUGGGAGACCCCGGGGGUAGUAGACCCAUUCUCUAUCCCAGAUGCUCUUCGAACUGGCAGCCCUACAGAUGGCGACUUGUUUGACGAGGCGAUGGACGGAGGUCAUUUCAGCCUGAACAGUCGAGGUGAGGGUGAGGGCAGCCCGGAGCUGUUUGAUCUGUCUCGUAUAGGGGACAGUCUGGGGGUCCCCAGCCCUCGGACAUGCCGGACCCCCGAGUCCUUCCUGGGGCCCACAGGGGCCUCCCUGGUCAAUCUGGACAGCCUGAUACCAGCCAACCCCCCAGCCAAGACCAAGAACCCGUUUCUCUCAGGUCUGAGUACUCCAUCUCCCCUCAACCCGUUCCAGAGUGAACAGCCUCGUCUCACUCUGAAUCAGAUGCGUCCCAGCUCCACGUCCCCGUCCCCCUCCGGUCCUCCCUCCCUGCCCUACAGUGCUUCUCUGCCCCUGCCCGCCAGCCACCAGCCGGCCAGCCUGCCCUCCUCCCUCACCCAGCCCACCCAUGGAGCCCUGGACAUACCUGGGCUGCCACAGCCCCUGUUACCUCUUUCCUCCAUCUCGUCUCUGGGAGAGCAGCACAGUCAGAAUCCCUUCCUGUGAUGUCUGUCCAGCUGAACUGAAACCGCUAAGAUGGAAGAUAGACCAACACCAACUUCUGCCAUGCGCAGUAGAACACCUGCUGGGCGUCCACGAGCGGUGUCCUGCUGGCUGUCCACGAGCGGUGUCCUGCUGGCUGUCCAUGACCGGUGACCUGCUGGGUGUCCACGAGCGGUGACGAUUCACAUGUGGAAUCGUCGAGAAAUGUAUAGAAAAUGACGGUCAAUGUUUUGUAGUCAGAUGUGACAGGACGCCCACCCAGCUGUCGCACGGCCGGCAUUCAUGUUGGUCUGUCUGUCCUCUAACUCUGGUGGAUGGAACAGAGGAAAUAGAAAUGACUCUUAUUAGGUUAUUUUCUGUCAAUCUAACCUCAAGACUCAACAACUGGAAUUCAGACAGAACUGAUAAUCCCCUUAAGUUGUUAUUUUGCUGUUGUUUUUCUAUGGUCUAUAGUACUGUAACGCUUAGAUUGCUUCCUCUGCUACGAUCUGCUCUACCACAACCUGUCCUGUUACUCCUCUCUGCUGAAGAGAGUGAUGGAGGCCUCUGCUCGGGUCUGCUCUACCACAACCUGUCCUGUUACUCCUCUCUGCUGAAGGGAGUGAUGGAGGAGGAACGAGAGGUAGAAAGAAAGAGAAUAUUCCCAGAACGUGUUUAGGUCUCUAGUAACCUAAUCCUAAACCAUGACAGAUACUGUACAUACACGCCGAUGCCCAAGCUCAUCCUCCGCUAUAGAAAGCACAGUAGGUGAAGAUGUUUCCAUGUUAAAGUAAUUAGCAAUACUUUACAGAGUGAGUGUGUCUGCACUAACCUGGUCUCAGAUCUGUUUGUGCUGUCCUGCCAACUCCUAUUUGUGCUGUCCUGCCAACUCCCAUUGGCUAUACAGCAGAAACAGAUCUGGGACCAGGUUAGUUAACUGCUUUUCCAACUGCUUCUUACCUAGUCACAUGCCCCGCCCACUCUGCUGCAUACUUUAGUUUGAUUGGCUCCGCACUGUUGCUCCUGAUCCAGCACUGAACUGAUUGUACACCAGAUAUGCCUGCUUAUCUCUCCGACCGACGAACCACACUGCACUGGGACAGGACGCCCACUGUUCCUGCCGCACUGCUCUAUGCUGAUUGGUCAAUCCGCUCUCUGGACUGCUUUCAUUGGUUGGCUCUUUCUCUCCUAUUAUCUCUCCCAUGAUGCCCCAGGGGAUAACUCGGACAAGUCUGUUCAGGAGGAUGUAACGUUACAGAAUGCUCAGAUAGAAAUGUAUCGUGUAGAACAGAUAUGAUUGUCUGCCAGAUAGAAUAGGGGAAGCGUGUCGGCUCUAUUCAAUCUAUUUCUAUCUGCAAAUGUUCAGAAUGAUUCCUAGCGCCGACUACAACUCUGAUUUCUGAGAACGGGCAUAGAACAUUCCACGCCGAUGAUGAGACGCCAGCCAACCCCCAUCCACAUAAUGAACACUUGAGUUUUAAGCUUCCUUUUUUUGUUACAUUGGGCCUAGUAAGGCUCAGUCUGACUGGGUUCUCGUUUAAAAGGAUGGUUUGCUGUUGGAAUGGAACUGCGGUGAUGGUGAGAGAGAUUCUAAGGUAGUUCUAUUGUAUUGUAGUGAACUGGAGGCCCUUUUGAGGGAUAACUGAAUGAAAUCUGCUUUUCAAGAGACCGGAACCACUGCAGGACUCACUAUAGGGGGCAAAUCCUAACGCUCUCACUUCAAGUUGAGUUUUGCAUUGAUGUCAAUGGGAGAAGUGGAAAUUCAAUUGAAUUGAAUGGAAGUUAGGAAGCUAGCAUUCGACCCCUAUAAAGCAACGCAUAUUAGAAUGUAUGAAUUGAUAUCAUGAUUAUUUUCCCUCUCUCA